AUGUUGUUAUCAAGGACCGUUGCGCUCAGUAUUUUACUUGAGCUAGGAGUCUAUGGUUUAGUCAUUCCAUCCGCGGAUGAUGUAAUGCAUACGUUCUCAUUGAAGCCAGCAGAGAAGUCCAAAACAUUGGCCGAAAAGCCAGUCAAGGAUAUUUGGUCUGCUGCCUCUAAUGCUUCUCCUGUUCCUUUAGUGAACUCUGAAAGUGUUAGAGAUAUUAUUGCUGAUAGAUAUAUAAUUGUCAUGAAGGAUGAAAUUACCUCAGAUGAGUUAAAAUUCCAUCAAGAAUGGGUAGAGUUACAGCAUAUCAAUUCCUUGGCUGGAUUGGAGUCUGAUAAUUCGUUCUUUUUGUCCACUGCGGACUUCAAAGCCGAGGGUGGAAUUGUUGAUUCUUUUGAAAUUGAUAAUUUUAUGAAAGGUUAUUAUGGAUAUUUCUUGGAAGGUACUAUCGAUUUAAUCAGAAAGAACCCGCUUGUUAAGUUUGUUGAAAGAGAUUCGAUGGUUUAUGCUAACGAAUUCAACAUUCAGAAAGGAGCACCUUGGGGGUUGGCUAGGGUUUCUCAUAGACAACCAUUGAGUUUGAACUCGUUCAAUCAAUAUUUAUAUGAUACAGAUGGGGGAGCAGGUGUUACUGCAUAUGUUAUUGAUACUGGUAUCAAUAUUGAUCAUGUUGAGUUUAAUGGAAGAGCUAAAUGGGGUAAAACCAUUCCAACAGGUGACACGGAUACCGAUGGAAAUGGUCAUGGUACACACUGCGCUGGUACAAUUGGCUCUGACUCUUACGGUAUUGCUAAAAAUAGUAAUUUAGUUGCUGUCAAGGUUUUGAGAUCUAAUGGUUCAGGUUCGAUGUCCGAUGUUGUUAAGGGCGUUGAGUAUGCCGCCAAGUCUCAUCAAGAUGCUGUAAAGGAGGGCAAGAAGGGAUUCAAGGGAUCGACUGCCAAUAUGUCUUUAGGUGGUGGUAAGUCUCCUGCAUUGGACUUAGCUGUCAACGCCGCAGUUAAGGCCGGUAUCCAUUUCGCUGUUGCGGCUGGUAACGAAAAUCAAGAUGCUUGCAAUACAUCCCCAGCUGCUGCAGAGAACGCUAUCACUGUUGGAGCUUCUACAAUUUCUGAUGCUAGAGCUUAUUUCUCUAACUACGGUAAAUGUGUUGAUAUUUUUGGUCCUGGUUUGAACAUUUUAUCAACCUACAUUGGCUCUGAUUCGGCUACUGCUACUUUAUCUGGUACUUCGAUGGCAUCCCCACACAUUGCUGGAUUAUUGUCCUAUUACCUUUCUUUGCAACCAGGCGCUGAUUCUGAGUUUUACGUUUCUACUAAAGGUGUCACUCCAGCUCAAUUGAAGAAAAACUUGAUCAAAUUUGGCUCCGACGGUCUUUUAAGUGAUAUUCCGGAUGAUGGCACUCCAAAUGUUUUGGCCUUCAAUGGUGCAGGAAAGAAUUUGACCGGAUUCUGGGAAGGUUCAGCCAAGAAUAUCGAAAGUGUAAAGCCCAAGUUGGAAAAUUUAGAGUCUCUGAUUGAAGAGUUGGUGUCCAAAGUUGUUGAAUCAGCAGAUAAACCAGUCUUGAAAGACGUGAAGGAGUUUGUCGAAAACGCUUACAACUCCCUCAUUUAA